AUGCGAUUUAUAGCAUUUAUACUUGCUUGUGUAUGUGCAAAUAGAUAUGGACCAAUAGGUUUAGGUUAUUCGAUAUUGGCUGCAUUUUCAUUUGUUCCUGCUGUAAUUUUAUUAGUUGUUGAAUAUCUUCAUCAUCAUCGCUUAUGGUUUCAUUAUCGACCAGACACUUCAUCGGAAGAAAAACCCCAAUACAUCAAUGAACACAAGCGUUUCUUACCAAUUGCAAUGACAAAUGAUCAACAAACAAGUCAUUGGCAAAAUUCUCGAUGUGACAAAGGAAAAGAUUGUUUGUCACGAAAUUUAUAUCAUGUAAUUAUAUAUCAUUCAGGAAACACACGCUAUCCACCUGAACAAACAAAGGAUAAUCAAAUUGUUGUUGGAUUUCAUCAAACAAGUCAUGCUGCUGCUUAUUCUAUUGCAAAGACACAGUUGAAACCUUCGAGCAAUGGAUGGAUCGGACCAGGUAUAUAUUUUGCAACAUCACUUAAUCAUACAGAAUUUAAAGCCAAUCAAUUUGGAGCAUAUAUUUGUGCGAAAGUCGAUUUAGGUAAAACAAAACGAAUUACUCAUCCUAAGGAUUGGUCUUCAGGAGAUCAAUGUGACACAGUUUACUACGAACAUCCUCAUGGUGCUGAUGAAUUUUGUGUACAAAAUGAACGACAAAUUCGUUCUUGGAUUAUAGUCAUUGAUCAAGAUCCAAAUGUGCGUUUCUUACAAGAAAAAAAUAAUAAACCCCUACCAUCCGGAAAAUACGUUGAAGAUCGAUUAGAAGAUAUUGUUUAUCAAGGAUGUUGGCUUUAA